AUGCUACGUUUCCCUUCCCAUGCCAAUCGACGUUUCGAUGCCCUAGGAACAGUCGCGACAGACACUCGACGGCUCGAGCUCCAACUCAUUUGCUCACCUGCAGCCAGAGGUCGACGCGCGCGAAACGAGGGCCUACGACGACCGAAGGUCACUGUUGCACCGAGUUGUCGACCGGUCCAUGUCUCCCCAGGCCGGGCGCUCCACCGGCCUGGCCGUGUGCACGCAUGCACAAGCACGAGCACGAGCACAAGCACAAGCACAACGCCCGCGUCCGCGACUCCGCCCGUGUCCAAAGUGACGCCAACGGGUGUAGCCACUAAGAUCACCGGCAUUAGUACUAGCACUGGCACCCGCAAAAGAAACUCCCAUCCCAAUGCCAAUCACGGCCCUCUCCGUCGUCGCUUUCCUAGUUGCGGUUAUGCAGCAGCCCACAGCCAGGGCGACAGCCUCCUGAGAUUACAAAGGACACUUCGACAACCGGCCCAUUCGCAGAUGACGCAGCCUCACACACGAUUGUUGCACUCACGUACGUCGUUGCGGGCACAGGCUCGCUGCAUCAUUCAAAAUCUAUCACCUCUGGCCUCGGCUGCUGCUACCUCGAUCCCUACGUUGGCGUCGCACUUUUCUACAUCUUCCGGCCUGUCCACCGCGGCCGUUUACACCACCUCAAACUCUCUCCGCCGCCUUGCGUGCUCGUCUUCGACGGUCGAUCCAACAUCUGCCAUUGCAAGCGCCCGUUGCGUACUCCUUCACCUCUCGCCUAUCCGCGGACACAUCCGCACGCUGCCCUCAGUCAUGGGUCCAGCAUUGAAGCAGACUCGCGACCAUGGCGACCAUGGUCACGGUCAUGGUCCUGGCGCUCAUGGACAUCAUCACCACCACGACAGCACAUACCUGACAUCCGCCAAUAAAAACGACCCCGGUGUAAGAAUCACGCGAAUAGGUCUACUGUCCAACUUGGGCAUGGCAAUUGCCAAGUUCAUAGGUGGAUGGGCGUUCAAUUCCAAGUCAAUGACGGCAGAUGCCUGGCACAGCAUUGCUGACCUCGCCUCCGAUAUUCUCACCUUGGCCACGGUUUCUUGGAGCUUAAAACCGCCGACGGAUCGAUUCCCCAUGGGAUUCGGCAAGGUGGAAAGCCUCGGUUCUCUUGGCGUGUCGGGCAUGCUGCUGGUGGGCGGUUUCUACAUGGGGUGGGAGAGCGCAAUCAGCCUGUACGGCCAUUUCAACCCUGAGGGCGCGCACAACCUUUUUGAGCACGUUGGCCACGGCCACGGCCACUCACACAACCCUGCCGAUCUGGGAAUCCCAAACAUUCAUGCUGUUUGGCUGGCUGCGGGCACCAUCCUGAUCAAAGAAUGGCUCUAUCAAGCGACAAUGAAGGUUGCGCGGGAACGCAAGUCGUCCGUCCUUGCCUCCAACGCCAUCCACCACCGUGUCGACAGCCUGACUGGCAUUGUCACUCUUGCCGCCAUCCUUGGUGCCAAUAUUGUUGAGAAUGCCGCCUGGCUGGAUCCGGUGGGCGGUCUCCUCAUUUCCAUCAUGGUGGUCAAGGCCGGAUACGACAACACAAAGGAGGCCUUGUACGAGCUGGCAGACCGCAGCCUCGACGACGACGUGAAGAACUCUAUCCGAAAACAAGCACACCGAGCAUUGUCCAACGUGAGCGAGGGCCAUGAAGCAGAGCUCCGUGAUAUUAGUGGCACCAAAUCGGGACAGAAUUAUCUGGUUGACAUGGAAUUGGCCGUGCCUGGUGCAUGGACGGUGGACGAUGUCAAGGACCUGGAGGAUGCGGUGCGCAUGCAGGUCGGCGGCAAAGUGCGUGGGGUGAAGCGGCUUCGUGUGCGGUUUGUCUCCCGGGAUAAGCCUGUAAACGAGAGGUUUGAUGAAUUCAUUUCAGGGCCAGAAGCAUUGCAGAAGCCGGAGCUGCAGGAGGAAGAGGAGGCUGGGAAUGGCGUUGUCGUUGAUAAAGAUGGCAAGCAUAGACAUUAG